UGUUUGCGUCGCGGUCGCUGCUCUUUUCGCGUGUGUGUGUCUGUGCAUUUCGUGUGUGUGAUCCGAUUGCUGAAAGCAAAUUGAAUUAAAGCCCCCGAAAAUAAAGGCUAACCUGGCACCGAUUCGAGUAUGUGCCGCGCUUGAUUUAAAGAUAGCGUGUGAUUAUAAGUUGAGCUACAAAGACGCCUCGCAGAUUAGAAAAUUCCAAUAGGAAGGCAAGGCCAAAAGUUCUGCAAAGCACGAGAGAGCGAGAGGGGUGCUGAAAAGAGAGAGCCAACAACAGAUAGCAAAACAGAGCACCAAACAAAAGCCGUUAUAAUAGCAGCAGCAAUUUGUGAAUGUGUGUUGUUUUUGUUCUCGAUUUACGCGCGUGAUUUAGUUGUUGCUCUCCAAAGCACGGUUUAUUUUUGAAUGUUGCAAGAGAGUUUGUUUCGAAAGUCCCCCUCCUGUUUUUAAAAAGUAAACCCAAACCAAUACAAACCCCCGCCCAACUAAACAAAAUCAAAAGAUGCUGCAGGAAGUGUGAUGUCACCACUUUGGCCCCGCGGCAACUGCAAGUUUUACUAUCGCCAGCAAAAAAGCAAAUAUCUCCCUGCAUCGCCAUCGAAAUCAGCUCUAUAGCAACGAUCUAAAGAUGUUGCACUUGCAUUUGGUUCUGCUACCGCUGCUGCUGCUCAACACAUGCUUGCAACGACACAUUUUCCAGCCGGCGGAAGCAACAGCGUUCCAAAAGCCAAAAGCACACACCGCCGACUAUGCAACCGUCCUCGACGAGUUCUCAACUCACUCUGUGAUACGACCGCAGGUGGAACAUGGACGCACAAAGCGCAGCCUGCUCACCACCCUGGAUGCCACCGACGGCCUUCACACGCCUCACAUUAGCCUGAGCUACACCCACGAGGGCAAACGAGUAACCAUCGACCUGCAGCGCAACGAUCGCCUGCUGCCGGACUCCCACUUCCUGCGAUACCAGAAUGCCAGCGGAGGAGCCUCUCCUGGCCAUGUGGUUCGCAACUUCACCAAGACUGAGGUUGACUUAUGCCACUAUCAGGGACACAUUCGUGGUCAACCAGAUUCUGUGGUAGCCCUCUCCACCUGUGAUGGUGCUCUGGAUGGCAUCGUUUUCGAUGGCAGCCAAACGUACUUUAUUCAUCCCCAUGUCGAUGCUAAGGGAAGACUUCAGGAUGACCAUUAUCUGCUCAGACAGGCGGACAUGCAUCCAACGAACGCCACCUGUGGCUACGAAAGCCACAGGGACGACCAUAGUCACGACCACGAAAAGGCUGAGGAGGAUAAUGGACUUGGAGGAGGGAUUCCUUCACUGCCACUCCGCCUUGAUGGCGGGGAAUUCCAGAGAACCCUGCUCCGGAAGAGGCGUCAAACCGACGAUAACAGUCAAUUGAUCCGGGGGCCCUACAAUGCCAACAAGUACUCCAGCUACGUGGAGCUGGUGAUCGUCGUGGACAACAAGGUGUACAAGGCCUACCAGGAGAGUGCCAAGAAGGUGCACCAGCACUGCAAAAAUCUAGCCAACAUUAUCAAUGCUCUCUAUGUGCCCUUGAAUAUAUAUGUGGCUCUGGUGGGCGUGGUAAUCUGGAACGAGGCCAACGAGAUCGAGUUCUCCAAGGACGGCGACGUGACGCUCCGUAACUUUUUGAACUACAGGAAGAAUAAACUGGUGCUGGAACACCCCAACGACAAUGCUCAGUUGCUGACCAAGGAGGUCUUCGAUGGCGGCGUUGUGGGCAAAGCCCUAAAGGGUCCGAUCUGUACUUAUGAGUACUCCGGAGGAGUGAGCAUGCAGCACAGUCCCAACACGGCUGUGGUGGCCACCACCAUGGCCCACGAGAUGGGGCACAACUUUGGCAUGGAGCACGACACACCCGAGUGCCACUGUAAGGAUGAGAAGUGUGUGAUGGCUGCCUCGAGUACCUCCUUUAUACCGGUGAACUGGAGCAGCUGCAGCAUAGAUCAGCUAACGAUAGCAUUCUCGCGCGGCAUGAACUACUGCCUGAGGAACAAGCCGGAAAAACUGUUCGAAUCGCCCACCUGUGGCAAUGGUUUCCUGGAACCGGGGGAGCAGUGCGACUGCGGAUUGCCGGAGCAUUGUGAGAACGCCUGUUGCAAUGCCCAGACCUGCAUGCUGCACGCAAAUGCCUCCUGUGCCACCGGCGAAUGCUGUGAUCUGACCACUUGUCGUCCCAAAAUGGCGGGCAGCGCCUGUCGAGAAGCUGAAAACGAGUGCGAUUUGCCAGAGUACUGCACUGGGGAGUCGGAAUACUGUCCCGCCGAUGUUUUCCGGCGGGACACGGAGCCCUGUGAUGGCGGUCAGGCCUACUGUUUCCACGGCACCUGUCGCUCCCAUUCCAAGCAAUGCCGGAUUUUGUGGGGACCCACGGGCGAUAACUCGGAACACUGCUAUAGUAAAAACAUGGAGGGCACUCGGUACGGAAACUGCGGCUACAAUCGCCUGAACAGCACCUUUUUGCGAUGCGAGGAGCAGCAUGUAAAGUGUGGAAUGCUGUACUGCAUUCACUUAAACGAACGACUCGAGUUUGGCAUGGAAUCGGCAGCUGUACUGUCGCACUCCUACAUCAGUCACGAACGCAAGAUCGUGGCCUGUCGCACCGCCUUGGUGGACUUGGGCCUGCAGACUACCGAUCCCGGACUCACACCCAAUGGAGCCAAGUGCGGCGAGGACAAGAUGUGCGUGGAUCAGCGAUGCCUGCCAGUUUCAGCGGUGCGGCAGAAGGGCAUGGGUACUCCCUGUCCAGAGGAUUGCAGUGGCAAUGGGAUCUGCAAUAGUAGAGGCCACUGUCACUGCGAUGUUGGCUUUGGCGGCGAGUCCUGCUCGAGGGAUGGAUCUGGAGGAUCCCCGGACAGUGGACCAGCCACAGAUCCAAAUGGUUCUCUGGGUCUCAAGAAGUUCCUGUUUGUGCUGUUCUUCUUUGUGUUUCCCAUGGUGGCCACCUUUUAUGCAAUCUAUUAUUGCCACAAGAACGGAUUAUUUGCUCGCGGAAAGCUGGCGGACCAUAUCUUGAAAUCCUCUGGAGGAAGCAAACCCAUCACCACGCGCACAAAUCAAAAUGGUAGUGGUCCACCGCCGGGUAAUGGAUUACUGAAAUCGACUCCGAGCAGUACUGAUGAUAUGGACUCGGCGCUCUUGAAAUCCCCGAGCGACUCCACACCCACAACUGGAUUAUUUGGAAAAUUCGAUGGUUUCACUCUGCGACCUCUAAACGAUGCAUCCUCGCCAGCGAGCAACUACAGUGGACCGAAUGUGGCCUUUGUGCAGCCCACUGUGCAGCAGGAUGGACCACAGAGGAUAGCACCGCCACCGCCGGUUGUAAAGUCGGAAACUUCACCUGUUCAUCCUUCGUCGCCGAAACCUGAAGCCACUUUUGUGAGACCAGCGCCUGCUUUGCCUCCGCCGAAUCCUGGCUCAACGGCACGUCCCAUCAUCUCGCCACCCAAGUUGGAUUCCAGUACAUUAACCAUGGUGCCGCUCAAGGGCAGUACGGAGGAUCUCUCGCCCACUCGUUCCGCUCCAGCUCCACCAGUUCCCCUACACUCCGAUCCUAAGCUGAAUAUUAAACGAGAUGGCACUAUACGCCGAUUCGCUUCGUUCCAAAAGGAGGAAAAGCCACCGUUGAAAGAGAAGACCUACAUUGAUCGAGAGCGGUUGCGAACACUGGAAAUCUCUGCACCCAUGCCUGUGCCCGCUGCACCUCAAACGGAGUCCUCCAACUCGGACUCGGAGACCACGCCCCGCGAAGAGGAGACCCAGAAUCUGGUGAAGCGAGCCCAAUCCAUGCGUUCGCCUACGAAAAAGACACCACUGCAGAGUUUUGGAUCCAUGCGUUCGCCUCCGGGACUGCCACGGCCCAAAAGUGGUCAGGUGAACAGCAGUGGCAGCUCGAGGCCUAAGUCGCCGCCUCCUAGGCCACCACCGGUGGUGGUGAAGAAAACCAACUCCAUCGGCUCCUCCGGUUAUCAGAGGCCAGUGGCCACUGCACAGAGAUCGGUGGAGAAUACCUACGACGACUGCGAGUACGUGGAGAACGAAGUGCGAGCCUCCAACGAUGACAUAUACUCGGUGAUAGAUGAGAUUCCACCGGCGGCACAAACCCUCAAGCGGAGCGAUUUGGUGGCCAACAGGGCCAGUAAUGGCAGCGACAUGGGAUUGCUGAAUGAGAUAGUUAAUGAACUGGAAAAGAUCAACGGGGACUCCAUAUAUUCAGGGAAGCCCGUGGCUGGAGCAGCAGUAGCAGCAGUUCCACCUCCUGCAGAUCCCCCAAAAAGUCCCCAGCGACCUGCUCCACCCAAGCCAGCGAGCAGUGUGCUGGAGGAAAAGGCAGCUAAUGCAUCUGCAUCUGCAAAUGCAACACCGUCUGCAUCAGCUAGCACAUAUCAUCGCCCGCCGUCAGUGAAUGCUCCAGUGGCCCGAGUGAAGCCCACGGUGUCGGACAAAUCGCAGCCGCAGCUGCAGCCCAGCAUGUCCAGCUUCAAGCCGCCGGCGGGAACCGGCGGUCAGUCGCAGCCAGCGCCAGUUGUCCAACUGGCCAAGCGGAGCAGCAGCGGCAGCCUCAGCGGAGGCGCCAACUCCAACCGUCCCAAAUCCUUCAUGAAGAGCACAACGAAAGCACUGCCUAAUGGGACGGCGGGAUCGGCGGUCACUGCCCCCUCGGCCACCAUUCAGAAGCCCAAGCCGCUGUCGGCCAAGCCAUCAUUUAGCGGCGGUGGAGCGGCUGGAGUACUGGGCAAGCGGGCCAAUGGUGGAGCAGCGCCCACGCCCCCAACUGUGAAGGCGGCGGCGCCGUCGACUGGGCCAAAGUCCAACAUUGCAUCGCUGACACAGCGAUUCGAGCAGAGCAAGUAGACUAAGGAGAACUACUAUAAGGAGCUAGACCCUGGGCAUAGCGAGAAAUAUUUAUUGAAACAAAAAAUAUGAGGGGGGUACUGGUGGAUACAUUUAAGAACUGAUUGCAACCCUUACUAAUUUUAUAUAAUUUAAUGCUAUCCCUUAAAAGGUUCAUAUAUGUAAUAGUGUAGUUCCGUUUCAUUGAAUAUUUAUGUACCAUAAAAUAAGUAAGGAAAUAUUUUAGAGAUGUAAACAAUUUUCUUUCCAAUUUAAAACAAAAUACUACCAUGCCCACAUGGAAAAAUUAGGAUAAAAUUUUAACUUAUAUUCUCUGCCAUUGUGUGAUUGUUGGCUAUGCUCUUGGUCUGGCUAAAUCUAAAUCCCCACCCUGCGUGGAAUUGACUUAAGUUUUAGUUAAGAUACGAUCAAAUUUUAUUUGGCACUGACUAUGACUACGACUGCGUCGUCUUUGAUAUUCAUUCCUUUACUGAUGUCCCACUAGUUAGACGUAAGACGUUGCUUAACUCAUGUGCUAAGUAUGUAUCUCAAUGGUUAAUGUUUAAGCGCUGCAUGUGAAGUUUUAUUUUAGCCCCUAACGAUAGCCGCGUACUUGUAUCUGUAUCUAUACUCUGCUAGACGGUAAUCCCCUGUAUUUAUGUAUAUGUUUAUACGCAAUAUGCUUUUGUAAAUAAAAACCAAAGAAGUUCAAUUGUCACAACAAAUGCGCCGCAUCGAAGUAAUCAAUUAAAAACGUGUUGUAAAGCUGGGGAUAUUGAAAAAGUAAUUAAAGGAGUCGUUUCAGUAGCGAAUUCAAUUUAAAUUCUCUCAAUGUAGUUAAGAAUUGUGUUGUGCUCCAUAUGUUAGAACGAUAUCAAAUGUGUAUAGAACCGAAGUUAUGUUAAAAUAUAUGUUUAACUGAAU